GCUGGGGCCAGGCCACCGCCACUUCCUGCUCGGCCGGUCCCGGCGCGGCCGGCACGGAACUGCGGCACCGGGGAGCGCUGGCGGGUUCGGGCGUGGAAGAGAUAUUCCUGUGGUCUCUUGAAGGCGUACGUGCUGAGCAAGAGGAAGAGCCCUUCAUCGCCCCAGUCACGUGUGGAGUGAGAGCAGGAGGAGCUGUGCUUUGACCUGCUGAGCAGGAUGGAUCAAAAUUCAGACUCUUCACUUUCCAGAAUAUUUACUGGGUAUGAUGGUCCUGAAAAUACUGAAGUGUAUGAAGAUGAGCUUUAUCUCGAGGAGUCAUCCAGUGAGGAGAGUGUUGAUAGUGAGGUGGAGUUUCAUCUCUAUAGCCAGAUCCACUAUUCCCAGGAUCUUGGAGAAAUCAGCACACUAGAAAUGGAUGAGGAAGCUGAUGCUGGAGAAGUCAUGGGUCAAAGUUCAGGUCUAGCUGAGAAACAGGAUGAAGAUGAGAACCUCACUGAGCUCACUGAUGGUGGCACUCAGCUUUCAGAUGAGCCCGAGGUCAUUGUCCUGUCUGACACCCCAGAGGAGGACAGCAUCUACAAAAGCAAGGCAAAGAGGUCAAGAUGCUCCUCGUCAGCUCCAGGUAAAACACACACCCGCCCGGUAUCCUCCACACCAAAUCACACCAAAGCUGCUGGAUGUAGUGCCCGGUGCCCCCCUGGAUCUGGUGUGGGCACACCAAGGAAGAGGAGCAGCCCUAGUGGGAGGCCUGCCCCUGUCCUUUCUGCUGGACCUGAAGGCCCCCAGGACGUGUUGGUGAUAGAGAACAGCUCGGAGGAGGAGGAGAGCCUGAUCUCGGACGGCGAGAACAUCGAGAGCUGGAUGCUCCUGGGAGCGGGUGCUGAUGACACGGAUGGAGACAUCAUGCUGAACCUCGAGGGCUGUGCCACUCCUGCCAGGAAAGGAGAAAUUGAUGUGAACUGGUCGAUCUCUCAUAAAGACUUAGAGGCACAGAUCUCCAACUAUGCGGGCGUGAGGCACAGCAGCAUGCGGUACUACAGAGCGGACAAAAACGUUACUUGUAGGAACUGCCACAGACCAGGACAUUUGUCCAAGAACUGUCCCACUCCAAAGAAAGUUCCCCCGUGCUGUCUGUGUGCAGGGAGAGACCAUCUGCAGCACAGCUGCCCAGCACGUUUCUGCCUGAACUGCUGCUUGCCCGGGCACUAUUUCAGGGAAUGCCUGGAGAGAGCCUACUGGAACAAGCACUGCAACCGCUGUGACAUGAAGGGCCACUAUGCUGAUGCUUGCCCAGAAAUAUGGAGGCAGUAUCACCUAACAACCAAGCCAGGACCCAUCCAGGCAGCCGGCUCGCCCUCGGAGCGCGCGGUCUCCGUCUACUGCUACAACUGCUCCCGCCAGGGACACCUCGGAUACGAGUGCUCAGAGAAGAGGAUGCAGGGGAACAUGUUCCCCACUUCUCCCUUCGUCUACUACUACGAUGACGAGUGCGACAUCAGGAGGAGAGCCAACCGGUUAAAAAGAAAGGUGGCAGACCUGCAGGAAGCUGGCCUCCUCCCGGAACAGCCUGAAACACCCUUGCAGGAGGAGCAGCUCGAGGUGCCCAGCCACAAGAAAAAGAGCAAACUCUGGAAAGAGCAGCAGGGGAAGCCCAGCAGGAGCAGUGAGCAGCAGAAGAAGAUGAAGGUGAAGCGGGUGAAGAAAGGCCAGGAGGAGAGGCAGAGGAGGGGUGCUGGGAUACACGGAGACCCCGAGGAUUUCCCUCGGGGCAACAAGCAGCAGGGCUGCAAGGGCAGCAGGGCCCAGCGCAGGGCCCUGCUCCAAGCACCCCCAGGCUGCAAGGCCCUGCGUGUGCAGCAGCCCCCAGAAGGUGCCAAAAGGAAGAAGAAAUGGAAAAAGCAGAAAAUUACCAGUCCUGACAGCAGGGACAAUCUAUUCCUUAUAAAACAGAGGAAGAAGAAGUCCAAGCAGAAAUCCUGGUGACGGCAGGUAGCCCUGGCAUUCCCUGCUCUGGCUCUGCCUGCUCUUUACUCCUGUCCCUCUCUUAGCACAUGAAGUGGAGUCUGUCCCUGUCCUGGCAUGCUGGGCACCACCACCCACCCUGUCCAUCUCCGCAGCCACAGGGACCACUCCAUCUCUGUGAGCCUCCCCACGGCUGGCAGCACCCAGAGCUCCUGCCAGGGGGGCCUAGAAUAUGCUGUACGCUUAUUUUCUUUGCUUGGGGGUGUGGGGGCACGCUGGGCUUGGCAGGCUUUGCUUGUUCAGCAGUGAGGUGUGGCUGUGCUCUUGGAGCACAGCACCUCGGCGGCCAAUGCCAGGGAGAUUUGGGUCAGGGGUGGAUGGGGUGGAAAGGAAGGUGGGUAUAAAGCACAUCCCCUCAGCCAGCAGUCCCCUCCAGAGUGCAGCAGGGCACUUCCCUGCCCUGGAAGGGACAGCCAAGUCUCUGCUUUGUGCUCUGGGAUGCAGCAGUCCCCACCUCCCUCUCCAGAGCAGUGCCAUCCAUCCCUUGCCCUCCAGGCUCAGCUUUUGGGGAUCCACCCUGUGCUGACCAGCUGGUCAGCAGAGCAGGAGUGAGCAGCUGGGCCUGGAACAGAGUUUACAUCUCCCACUAAGUCUGUCCUUGUUCCUUGUAAUGUGCUGAAGGAAAAAGGAGUGGAGUAUAAAGAACAUACUUGGUUCCAGUCACACUGUGCUAAAAUUAAUUUUUUUAAAGACAGUUAUUUUUGUACACUGGAAUUCAGCAUGUUGUUUUAAGGUUCGUAAGAGUAAAAUGCUUUAUCAAAGGACUAACACAAAUAAAAC